UUGGAUUAAGUUUAUCUAAUCCAAGAUAAAAUAUUCAUAUGAUUCAGAUAUUUUAUUUUUUGCAAUUUCAAAAAAUAUAUCCUUUAAUAAAAAAAAGGAAAAAACAUUUUAUUCUGUAGGCUACCGAAGCCACAGAUUUGGAUUGGAAUGGUAAAGGACGAAUAAUUGCGCGGGCCCCGCAACACCACCUAACCUCGCCUGCUCCAAAAAUAUUACCCGCCAUAGCAACCCUCUGAAUCUAGAACCUACAACUUGGCGCCAAGAUUCAAAUUCCAAAAUAAAACCUAAAUGAGUCUUGGAGGGGAGGAGGGAAAGAAACCCAAGAUUUCUUUAUUUAUUUAAAAAAAUCCAACUACCCUCGUCGCCUUUCCUCCACCUCCCUAUAUAAGAAGGCGUUCAUUCUCGUAUUUCUUUCUGUACUCAAAACCUGUCUGAUUAAAGUCUUGAAAGAAGCAAAAAUGUAUGUGGUGAAGAGAGAUGGGAGGCAAGAGAGUGUCCACUUCGACAAGAUCACUGCUAGACUGAAGAAGCUUAGCUAUGGCCUUAGCAUUGACCACUGCGACCCAGUCUUGGUGUCUCAGAAGGUCUGUGCUGGUGUCUACAAAGGUGUCACCACUAGCCAGCUUGAUGAAUUGGCUGCUGAGACUGCCGCUGCUAUGACUGCCAAUCAUCCUGAUUAUGCCUCUUUGGCGGCCAGGAUUGUUGUUUCAAACCUGCAUAAGAACACUCAGAAAUCAUUUUCUGAGACGAUCAAAAUUAUGUAUAACCAUUUUAAUGAUAAAUCUGGACUGAAGGCUGCUUUGAUUGCUGAUGAUGUUUAUGAAAUAAUCAUGAAGAAUUCUGCUCGCUUGGACUCUGAGAUCAUCUAUGAUCGGGACUUUGACUAUGAUUACUUUGGCUUCAAGACGCUUGAAAGAUCCUACCUCCUGAAGGUCCAAGGAAAGGUUGUGGAAAGGCCUCAGCACAUGCUGAUGAGGGUUGCUGUUGGAAUUCACAAAGAUGAUAUUGAUUCAGCUAUCAAAACGUACCAUUUGAUGUCUCAGCGAUGGUUCACUCAUGCUUCUCCCACCCUUUUCAAUGCUGGAACACCAAGACCUCAAUUGAGCAGCUGCUUCUUGGUGUGCAUGAAAGAUGAUAGUAUUGAAGGAAUAUAUGAUACAUUGAAGGAGUGUGCUAUUAUCAGUAAAUCAGCAGGAGGAAUCGGUGUAUCUGCCCACAACAUCCGUGCCACUGGAAGUUAUAUUCGUGGGACAAAUGGGACAUCUAAUGGCGUUGUUCCAAUGUUGAGGGUGUUCAAUGAUACUGCCCGCUAUGUUGAUCAAGGAGGAGGCAAGAGGAAAGGUGCUUUUGCUGUGUAUUUGGAGCCAUGGCAUGCUGAUGUAUUUGAGUUUCUGGAUCUUAGGAAAAACCAUGGAAAGGAAGAAAACCGUGCUCGAGAUUUAUUCUAUGCUCUGUGGGUUCCUGAUCUCUUUAUGGAGAGAGUUCAAAGCAACGGGCAAUGGUCAUUGUUUUGCCCUAAUGAAGCUCCAGGUUUGGCAGAUUGUUGGGGCAAAGAGUUUGAGGAACUAUACACCCGAUAUGAAAGAAAUGGCAAAGCCAAGAAGGUUGUCCAGGCACAAAACCUCUGGUUUGAGAUCUUGAAAUCGCAGAUAGAGACUGGGACCCCCUAUAUGCUUUUCAAGGAUACUUGCAAUAGGAAAAGCAACCAACAAAACCUGGGUACCAUAAAAUCUUCAAAUUUGUGCACUGAGAUAAUUGAAUACACAAGCCCAACGGAAACUGCUGUCUGCAAUCUGGCUUCAAUUGCUCUACCACGAUUUGUGAGAGAGAUGGGAGUUCCUGUCGAGUCUCAUCCAUCUAAACUUGUUGGGAGUAGAGGUUUCAAGAAUAGAUAUUUUGACUUUGAGAAACUAGCUGAGGUUACAGGAGUGGUUACAUCCAAUCUUAACAAAAUAAUUGAUGUCAAUUACUACCCAGUUGAAACUGCUAGGAGGUCAAAUUUCCGACAUAGACCCAUUGGCAUUGGAGUCCAAGGUCUUGCAGACACCUUCAUCCUGCUCGGAAUGUCAUUUGACUCACCAGAGGCUCAAAAGCUGAAUAAGGACAUAUUUGAAACGAUUUAUUACCAUGCCCUUAAAGCAUCUUCUGAGGUUGCUGCAAGAGAAGGUCCCUAUGAAACAUAUGAAGGAAGUCCUGUGAGCAAGGGAAUUCUGCAGCCGGACAUGUGGGGUGUAACUCCUUCAAAUCUGUUGUGGGACUGGGAUGCCUUAAGGAAAAUGAUAUCUAAGAAUGGGGUUAGAAAUUCACUUCUUUUGGCACCAAUGCCAACAGCUUCAACCAGCCAGAUUCUUGGAAACAACGAGUGCUUUGAGCCAUAUACUUCAAACAUUUAUAGCCGUAGAGUUCUAAGUGGUGAAUUUGUUGUGGUCAACAAACAUCUUCUUCAUGACUUGACUGAGAUGGGCCUCUGGUCUCCUGCUCUGAAGAACAAAAUAAUUUGUGAAGAUGGCUCUGUCCAGAACAUUCCAGAAAUCCCUAAUGAUCUGAAGUUUAUAUACAAGACUGUUUGGGAGAUCAAGCAAAAGACAUUGGUUGAUAUGGCUGUUGAUCGAGGAUGCUACAUAGAUCAGAGUCAAAGUCUUAAUAUACAUAUGGACCAACCCAAUUUCGGAAAACUAACUGCCCUACACUUUUAUGCAUGGUCAAAGGGUCUAAAGACAGGGAUGUAUUAUCUACGAUCACGUGCUGCAGCUGAUGCCAUCAAGUUCACUGUUGAUACUUCUGUUCUUCAAGAUAAGAAGCAGAAAGCGGAUGGCGCUGCUGGUGGUGUUGAUGAUGAUGAUACCAAAAUGGCUCAAAUGGUUUGCUCCCUUGCAAACCGUGAUGAUUGCUUGGCCUGUGGAAGUUGAGGGUUUGAUUUAGGAGCCAGAAGAGAUGUGAUUUUGGUUCAGGUUCUUCUUGAUGCUGGAGGACUUGAAAGGAUUCUGAUAUGGUGGCUGGGCAAUCGCUGUUAGGUGUUUCUUUCAGAGGGGUUUUAUUUAUGGGUUAAAUCCAAUCCAGUACAAUUAUAUAGGUAUAUAUAUACAUGUUACUUUCAAUGUCUUUAUAGGUUAAUCCUGCUACUGCAACCGGUUAUACUCAGGGAUUCGGUGGCUGAAACUGCACUUCAAAUUGCAAUCGCGAAUGGAAAUGCCAUAUUCCAAUAAAAAAAAAAUUCAAGUUUUU